AUGGAAUCUGGAGGUUCUUUGAGGGUAUACAAUGCCAAGUAUUGGGAAACUUACAAUAAGAUUCUUGAUUGCCCCACCAAUUUGGCGAUCGCCCAAUACAAGCGAGAAGAUGAUGCCGCUACCGCCACUGCAACCGAGAAGGCAAAUCUGAUUGUGGCGGAUAGAAGAGUGGCUGGAAAGGUUCACUCGAAACGACCGACUAACGCUCCUUGUAGUGAAGAAGAAGAUGCCAAGAGGAAGUUGAGAGCACGAAUCGGCAUCACCAUUGUCUUUAAGAUCCUAAUUUACCUCAUCCUAAGUGAGAUCCAAGGUGGGCCCUAUAUACGUUGGUUGGCCAAAUUGGGAGACACACAUAGGGGUUUCAACUCAAGGUAUCGCUGCACCUUCCAUGAAGAAAGGGGGCACCGAACGGAGAAUUGUGUUCUGCUUAAACAACAUUUGGAGGAGUUGGUGGUGGCUGGGCAUCUAGACCAGUACAUAAACGGGGGUAUAAGGGCCGCUCCACAGGGACAGGCCGAGCCAAAUGGCCUUGCUAUCCUAGAUGAGGCACCCCAAGGCGUAAUCAAUGUCAUUCUCGGUAUCAUCGAACCAACGCGGGUUUGCGAGCUGUGGGGGAUGAUUAAGAAGGCCGAGCACAUGAGGGAAGUGCUCUCUGUUCAACUCGCCAUAAAGAAAGGAAAGACCGAGGUAAAAGAUGUCUUGACUUUUUCAAGCAAGGACUUUGAGAGAAUUCAAAUGCCUCAUAAUGAUGCCUUAGUGGUGACCCUUCGCGUCAAAGACUUCGACAUCAAAAGAAUUCUAAUUGACCAAGGGAGCUCAGUUGAGAUCAUGUAUUAUGACGUGUUCAAGCAGAUGAAGUUGGAAAACAAAGACUUGGCUCUAGCCACGUCCUCUUUGGUUGGCUUAAAUUCUUAA